AUGUGUCACGGCAGCCAAUCAGAGCGAGCCCUUGCACACAUUACCACCAAUUCGAAUUGCGCUAGGGUACACGGUUGUGUCUGGCGAGUUCCUGAAGAAUUCGCAGGAGAGCUGGACCUACAGGAGUCUGGAUAUCAUCGCCUAAUCGUACCAGUAGAAUGUGCUGAUGCUUUGAUAGAGUGCCGGACGUAUCAGUAUUCGAACACCAGGGCCUCUUUAGCACCGCCGUCACCCCACUACAAAACCGUGAUCGUGGCGGGAGCCAUCGAACAUUCCCUGCCAGAAUCAUACGUGAAAAGUACAGCAAUGUAUAGUCUAAAAGAGAUGCCAGAUAACGGGUACAAAGGACGGGUCGAAGUCGAUGUUGACGUUAUUAGACAUUUGAAUCAAUAA